AUUUGUGGAUGCUAUUUUUCUACCAGCUGCCGUCGCAACACCAAAUUUUAUACUGAUCCUGUUGAAGCUGUAAAAGAUAUACCCAAUGGAGCAACUAUACUUGUUGGUGGUUUUGGAUUGUGUGGGAUACCUGAAAACCUCAUUGGGGGUUUGCUGAAGACUGGAGUAAAGGGAAUAACAGCAGUCAGCAACAAUGCAGGUGUUGACAAUUUUGGACUUGGUCUUCUGCUUCAGACUAAGCAGAUAAAACGCAUGGUGUCAUCCUAUGUUGGAGAGAAUGCUGAGUUUGAACGCCAGUACUUGUCUGGUGAGCUUGAAGUUGAGCUUACACCACAGGGUACACUGGCUGAACGCAUUAGAGCAGGAGGAGCAGGAAUCCCAGCAUUUUACACCAGCACUGGCUAUGGGACACUGGUGCAGGAAGGAGGUGCACCUAUCAAGUACAACACAGAUGGCACCAUUGCCAUUGCCAGCCAGCCAAGAGAGGUGCGAGAGUUUGACGGCCGUCACUUUAUUCUGGAGAAGUCAAUUACAGGAGAUUUUGCUCUUGUGAAGGCAUGGAAGGCUGAUCGUGCAGGAAACAUCAUUUUCAGGAAGACUGCAAGAAACUUCAACCAGCCUAUGUGCAAAGCUGCCAAGACGACUGUGGUAGAGGUGGAAGAAAUUGUUGAUAUAGGAGCAUUUGCCCCAGAAGACAUUCAUGUUCCCAAAAUCUACGUUGAUCGCUUGUUACAAGGAGAGAAGUUUGAGAAGAGAAUUGAACGCUUAUCAAUUCGAAAACCUGAAGACUCGAAAGCCAAGCAAAAACAAGGCGACAAUGUGAGGGAGAGGAUCAUCAGACGGGCUGCUUUAGAGUUUGAGGAUGGCAUGUAUGCUAAUCUGGGUAUUGGAAUCCCACUCUUGGCCAGUAACUUCAUCAGUCCAGACAUAACUGUUCACUUACAGAGUGAAAAUGGAGUCCUAGGCUUGGGUCCUUAUCCACUUGAAAGUGAAGUAGAUCCAGACCUGAUCAAUGCAGGUAAGGAGACAGUCACUGUUCUUCCAGGUUCUUCCUAUUUCUCUAGCGAUGAGUCAUUUGCAAUGAUAAGAGGAGGCCAUGUUGAUUUGACAAUGCUUGGAGCUAUGCAGGUGUCUAAGUACGGUGACCUUGCCAACUGGAUGAUUCCUGGCAAGAUGGUGAAAGGAAUGGGGGGUGCUAUGGACCUGGUAUCCAGCGCACAGACCAAAGUGGUUGUCACCAUGGAGCACUCAGCCAAGGGCAAUGUCCAUAAAAUCCUGGAAAAGUGUAGUUUGCCACUUACUGGGAAACAAUGUGUUAACCGCAUCAUUACAGAGAAGGCCGUGUUUGACGUGGACAAGAAGAAGGGAUUGACCCUCGUAGAAAUCUGGGAAGGACUGACAGUGGAUGAUAUCAAGAAAAGCACUGGCUGUGACUUUGCAGUUUCGCCGAAACUGAUGCCCAUGAGGCAGAUCUAGAUGUGAAAUACAGACUGGGCUUAACUUGCCAGGAGGCUUAUUACCAAACGUGAGAAAUCGAUGACUGUUUUGCAAUGUUACUUUUUUUUUCCUUUUCGUUUUUUUUUUUUUUUUAAGGGCUUUAUAAGUAGUUUCCAGAUAGUUAAACUCAGGCUGUGACUAUAAGCCUAAAUUGUAUUCUGCUUUCAUAACAUUACCAAUUUUAAUGGAAGGGUGAAUAUAUUUCCUAAGUUUUGAAUUAUACUAAAAUGUUAAUGAUCAUUGUGGAAAAAAAAUGCCUUGUAGUGUCUCUGCCAAAUACUAUGGUUUUUUACACAGAAUCAGAAAAUGACCAUGCAAAA